CAAUAAGGAUGUUGGCUGCCGUUAAACGCCAAAGAAGAAGAAGAAGAAAUAAGAAGAAGAAGAAGAAAAGAAAAAAUAAAUAAAAACAAUAAUAAUGUGCAACGGCUGUGUGGAAAAAGAAUACCCCGAUCGGGGUAAUAUUUGUCUGGAGAGCGGCUCCUACCUGAUGAACUUUGUGGGCUGUGCGAGCUGCCAGCAGAGAGACUUUGUGCUGAUCAGUAAUAAAGCCACAGAGGACGAGGACGGAGAAGAGAUCGUCACCUAUGACCAUGUUUGUAAAAAUUGUGAUCAUGUCAUCGCCAGGCAUGAGUAUACAUUCUCUGUUGUGGAUGACUAUCAGGAGUACACUAUGCUGUGCAUGCUGUGUGGAAAAGCUGAAGAUUCCAUCAGUGUGUUGCCAGAUGAUCCCAGGCAGUCUGCACUGUUUUAAACCUUAAAAACCUCCAAAUCAAACACCAUAAACAUACAGUGCAUCUGGAAAAUAUUCACAGCACUUCACUAUUUCCACAUUUUGUUGUUACAGCCUUAUUCCAAAAUGGAUGAAAU